CCCCCCCUCAGAGGGGAAUCCCAAGGUAUAAAAGGAGCACACCUUCUCCAGAGAAGACACAACGGACCGAGAGUCCUGAAGACUGCGAACAACCAUCACCACGAAACCUCCGCUGAUGAGGCCAAGCUAACGGCUCUUUGACCCAAACAAGCCGCUGAAGAUAUUCUCAGUUUCUCUUGCAGUCUUUUGUCUCGCUGUUUCUCUAGACUGCUUCAAUAUGCCUCCUCAAAUCCAGUCACAGAACCAGAACGGUCUUAGGGUUUUGCAGGGUGAGCUCGGUGCCCUCAGCCCGUCAGUCAGGGAGUUUGUUGAGGCCAACGUGUCCCUGUGCCAGCCAGAGUCCCUCCACAUCUGUGAUGGAUCAGAGCAGGAAAACCGAGCCAUCCUAACCCAGCUGGAGGAGCAAGGGGUGAUCAAGAAGCUCCCCAAAUAUGAGAACUGCUGGCUGGCCAGAACGGACCCCAGAGAUGUGGCUAGGGUGGAGAGCAAAACAGUGAUCGUGACCCAUAAUCAGAGGGAGACGGUGCCCAAUCCACUGGAGGGUGCAACCAGCCAACUGGGGAGGUGGAUGUCCCCGGACGAGUUUGACAAAGCCAUGACUCAACGGUUCCCCGGCUGCAUGAAAGGUCGCACCAUGUAUGUUAUUCCCUUCAGCAUGGGGCCUGUAGGGUCCCCCCUCUCCAAGAUUGGCAUCGAGUUGACAGAUUCCCCCUAUGUGGUAGCGAGCAUGAGGGUGAUGACUCGAAUGGGGAAGGCUGUUCUCUCUGCGCUGGGAAACGGGGAGUUUGUCCGCUGUUUACACUCCGUUGGCUGCCCUCUACCACUUAGAAAGCCCCUGGUGAAUAACUGGCCCUGCAACCCUGAGCAGACGCUUAUUGCCCAUAUCCCUGACCGCAGACAGAUCAUGUCGUUUGGCAGUGGCUAUGGUGGAAACUCCCUCCUGGGAAAGAAGUGCUUUGCUCUGCGCAUUGCCUCACGCAUCGCCAAGGAGGAAGGCUGGCUGGCUGAGCAUAUGCUGAUCUUGGGCGUCACCAACCCUGCAGGAGAGAAGAAGUACAUGGCAGCAGCCUUUCCCAGUGCCUGUGGUAAAACAAACCUGGCCAUGCUUUGUCCAACAUUACCUGGCUGGAAGGUUGAGUGUGUAGGAGAUGACAUCGCCUGGAUGAAAUUUGACAACCAGGGCAACUUGCGAGCAAUCAACCCAGAAAAUGGCUUUUUUGGUGUUGCACCUGGUACAUCAGCUAAAACCAACCCCAACGCCAUGGCGACCAUUGUCAAGAACACCAUUUUCACCAAUGUGGCAGAAACCAGCGAUGGUGGAAUUUACUGGGAGGGAAUGGACCAGGAACUGCCUGAGGGAGUCACACUGACAUCGUGGAAGAACAAGCCGUGGAGCUCAGAAGAUGGGGAACCAUGCGCUCACCCCAACUCUAGAUUUUGCACUCCAGCAAGUCAGUGCCCUAUAAUUGACCCACAGUGGGAAUCACCAGAAGGAGUCCCCAUCGAGGCUAUCAUUUUUGGGGGCAGGAGACCAGAAGGUGUUCCUCUGGUGUAUGAAGCCUUCAGCUGGCAGCAUGGAGUAUUUGUUGGUGCAGCAAUGAGGUCAGAAGCCACUGCAGCAGCUGAACACAAAGGCAAGGUAAUCAUGCACGACCCCUUUGCCAUGCGCCCCUUCUUUGGCUACAACUUUGGCCAGUACCUCUCUCACUGGCUGUCCAUGGCUGACCACCCUGGUGCCAAGCUGCCCAAGAUCUUCCAUGUCAACUGGUUCAGAAAGAGCCCCACAGCUGGUUUCCUCUGGCCUGGUUUUGGAGACAACAUCCGUGUGUUGGACUGGAUGUUCCGGCGAGUGAAUGGCAAUACUGGUGCCAUGCCUUCUGCAGUGGGCUACUUACCCUGCUGCCAUUCCCUGAAUCUCCAAGGCCUAGAGGGGAAGGUGGAUCUGAGUGAGCUGUUCUCCUUGGAUCAGGAGUUCUGGCAGAAGGAAGUGGGGGAGGUGAGGAAGUAUUUCACCACGCAAGUGAACGAUGACCUGCCCAAUGAGGUGGCCCGGCAGCUGGAGCUGUUGGAGCAGCGGGUGAGGCAGAUGUGAAGAGGAACAGAGUGCAGUUUAGGUAGUUUAAAUGGACACCAGAGGAUGUUUAGCCUUCAUGUGGCUGACAUGUGCAAGUGCAAUGUUUUCAUCCUACUCUGUUUUUUAUUUAAAACUAAGUUAUUUCAAACAC